AUGGAUACGCGGAGUACGACCAGAAGUAAGAAAUGUGAGGAGGAGUUGGCGACGGUAGCGGAGACGACGGUAAAAGAACAUAAUACCACUUUUACCCAAGGAAAAGCUGCGGCUUCACCGCCGCGCACAAUAUGCGGCAGCGUGAAGUCCAAGAAAUCGUCUGUAAGUUCUUUUCACGCAUGUAAGAGACGACUAGAACUGCAGGCACAAGCUGAAAAAGCGAAAAUCCGUAUGGAACUUAUUGAUCUAAAGUUACAAGCCGAUCUAGUGGAGCUACAAGAAGGAUACAGUCCACACGAGGAGGAUGAGGUAAGCGUUACGUCUAACGUUGCCGAAUGGCUAGAGACCAGUCACGAGGAGCUGAAAAAGGCUCGGCCCACCCACGAUUAUGGUACAACUGAGGGUGUGUCGAUGCUACCGUCAGCGCCGGCACCAGCAUCAGCGGCUCUCGCCGCACAGUCUACAGUGCCCGUGCGCCCGCCACCGCAGCCCGCGGCUCCGCCGCCGCCCGCGGCCGCGCCGCCGCCCGCCGCACUGUCAGCAGAUGGUACGAUACACAUGCUUGCCAGCGCACUCAAGGACCUAGCAACUGCCUCUGUCAACAACGAACAUAACGCUACAUUAUUGAGCCGCAUUAGUACGCCUAAGGACUUACCUGAGUUCGCGGGCGACCCAAUGGAGUGGCUACAAUUUAAACAAGCGUACGACGAGUCGACGCUCCUAUGUAAUUUCUCUGAGAAGGAAAACCUAUGGAGAUUACGGAAAUGUCUACGGGGAGCUGCUAAGGAGACUGUCGCUGCACUUCUUAUUAGCGCGACGUCACCAGCCACGAUAAUGGCUACACUACAGCUACGAUAUGGUAAUCCCGAUGGCAUCGUAUCUAGACUUCUACAAGAUAUAAAGAAGUUACAACCUAUGGCACAAGAAUAUCAACGUGAUAUUAUACCUUUUUCUAUAAAGGUACAGAACUUCAUGGAAGCAGUACGAGCACUCGACCGACAAGAAUAUCUGCUAGGUAUGAACACAGUCUCUCUCAUACUGUCUAAAUUGCCUGCAGUGCUCAUCGCAAAAUGGUCUGACUACAGCUUUCCAUUGAUACAAGAAGGCACGAAACCUCGCCUUAUUAUUUUAUCGGAGUUUCUGAGUAAUGAAGCUUUAAAGAUCUCCAUUACAGCCUCCAUUCAUUUCACGAGCGCCACGUCAUCACAUCGACCACACGUCGCCCACGUGUUACACACGGAGCACGACACAAAGUGCCACUUUUGCCGCACAGCUACGCACAAACUAACCGCAUGUAAGAAGUUUGCAAGAUCAUUGCGUAAAGUGAGAUGGCAAUAUGUGAAGCGCAACGGCAUAUGCUACAAGUGUCUCAAUUCUCGUCAUAGUCGGGAGACCUGCCCAGCUCCGGCAUGUGACCAGGACAGCUGUGGACAAACACAUCAUCGUUUGCUGCACUACCCCGUGAACAAUCGCCGGGACGAGUCUGCGAGUGUCAUCGUGCAAUCGCCGCCGGAACCAGAGCUACCUACACAGACUGUGACGAACAUUGACGCGAGUGAGUGUAGAGUGCUAUUAAAAGUUGUGCCUAUACGUGUACACGGACCUAACGGUGUGAUCGAUACUACCGCGCUACUAGACGACGGGUCGACUGUGUCGCUGCUGAGCAGCGCGCUGGCGGAGCGCGCCGGGCUGCGCGGCCGCCGCCAGACCAUGCGGGUCAGCGGCGCCUGGGCCGACACUCAGAUGGUGUGUGAGACAACAGUGGUGGAUGUAAAUCUAUCGGGUAUGGACAAUAAGGUGCAUAGUAUUAAAGCGCGUUCUAUACAUGAGUUGAAUUUGCCUAUACAAAACUUGUCUGUUGUGAAUUGUAACAGUUAUCAACAUUUACUUGAUGUCAAAGACUAUUUAUGUACUUCUGAUACGAAGCCCGAAAUGUUGAUAGGGCAGGAUAAUUAUCAUUUACUGUUACCUUUAGAGAUUAAGUUAGGUAAACCAAACGAGCCGUCCGCUACACUCACCCCCCUAGGUUGGUGCCUGCACGGCCGUGUGUCCGAACCGCGUCCUUGCGAGCAGUGCGAGCACUCGCUCGUCAUCUACACCGACACGCCGCGCGACGAGCAAAUGCCACAGAACGACCUCGGCGAGGUAAAACUACCGUUUACCUCCAACUCUAUGGUCCAAUUAGGUAAGCCUCGGCAGAACGUUGACGUCAAGCGUGCGGGUCGUAAGCGGAAAGGCACCUCGCAGCUGGUGAGUAAAGGUGUAGCACGUAAGUUCAAGCUAAGGGGCUCGCAGCGUACACCUCAUACAUGGUUCUCACCUCAUAGUCACGUUGGAAAAACUAACAAGGAGACACGACUGGUCGUCGAUGCCCCAGCCCGAGUAAACGGUAUGUGUAGUAACAAUAACUUUCUCGCUGGCCCCGACUCAUUGUCAUCACUAUAUGGUAACAUGCUGCUCUACAGGGAAAACAAAAUCGCAGUUACUGGUGACAUUAAGAUCGCAGUUUAA